CAAGCAGGACUCUGCCUGUAAGGUUGGCAUAGCUAAAUGGUGGUGUAGCGGCUGUGUUGGCCUGUUUAAUGCUCUGGACCUGGAUGCGUGUGUGGGGGCGUGUGUUAACGAUUAGCGACUUCAUUGGACUAUCCAGAUUCCUGCUAAAGGUGGUUAGAGUGCCCACCGAUUGGAAUAGUGGGUACAGUUGGUGGGUAAGGUCGGUACGCCCCUACGAUACAGUUUGGUUGGUUUGUUGGUUGACAGGUGAAGGGGCAAGACGUUGUGGGUCCUUGUGGUCUGAGGUAUUUUGAGGAUGACUAUGUGGAUGAAGAUGGGAGUGAGGAUGAACCUUUUCCUGUGGGUGGUGUCUGCUUGCCUCUGCCUCACUCUCACUGGUGCGUCAGAGUCAGAGAGGCUGCUUCACCAGAAGAUCUUCCAGAACUACAACCUGAAGGUCCGGCCAGCUAAACAAUGGGAGGAGAAAGUCCAGGUCCGAGUGGGGAUGACCCUCUCCCAGCUCGUCAGCCUGAAUGAGAAGAACGAGGAGAUGACAACCAAUGUGUUCAUGAAUAUGGCGUGGACUGACUACAGAUUAUCAUGGAAUCCAGAGGAUUACGAUAAUAUAGAUGUCCUCAGGAUUCCUCCCAACAAGGUGUGGCGGCCAGACAUCUACCUCAUCAACAAUAAUGAUGGUCAGUUUGACGUGGCUCUGUAUGUCAACGUGCUGGUCUACAGUGAUGGGACAGUCAACUGGCUGCCUCCUGCUAUCUACCGCAGCAGCUGCCCUAUCGAGGUGGCGUACUUUCCGUUUGACUGGCAGAACUGCACCAUGGUGUUCCGCUCCUACACCUACGACUCAUCAGAGGUGGACCUGCAGUACGCCCUGGAUGAGAAAGGAGAGGAGAUACAUGAGAUUAUCAUAGAUGAGAACGCCUUCACUGAGAACGGGGAGUGGGCGAUCUGCCAUAAGCCCAGCAGAAAGAACGUGAACCCCGAGGACCUGUAUGAAGACAUCACCUUUUAUCUCAUCAUCGAGAGGAAGCCUCUCUUCUAUGUCGUUAACAUCAUCGUGCCCUGCAUCCUCACCAUGGUCCUGGCCAUCUUUGUCUUCUAUCUACCACCUGGCGCAUGUGAGAAGAUGACCCUGUCUAUCUCUGUCCUCAUCGCUCUCACUGUGUUCAUGCUGCUGCUGGCUGACAAGGUCCCCGAGACCUCCCUGGCCAUCCCUCUUAUUGUUAACUAUGUCAUGUUCACCAUGAUCCUGGUCACCUUCUCAGUCAUCCUCAGUGUGGUGGUCCUCAACUUGCACCAUCGGACCCCCUACACACACAUUAUGCCCCCUUGGGUGCGCAAGGUGUUCAUCCACUUCCUGCCGAAGUACCUGGGCAUGCAGAGGCCCCACCCAGAGGAGCCUAUGGAGGAGGAGCCUAGUGAUGAUACGCCCCUCCAGAGCAUCGACGGACGCAGGCCGGGAGGAGAGUACUUCUUCAGGAAGAUCAACCCUGAACUGGUCCUACCCUGGAGAGGCAGGAGUGAGAGUACAGUACAGCUUCAGAGGUUCUUUGACAGUGACAACUACUGUCUGAUCCUCCCCCCGGACCUCAAGUCAGCCAUCGCUGCCGUCACAUACAUGGCUGAGCAGCUGAAGAAGCAGGAUGGCUCCGACUUGGAGACAGGAGACUGGCAGUACAUAGCCAUCGUGGUGGACAGGCUGUUCCUGUGGCUGUUUGUCAUCAUCACUACUCUGGGGACUCUGGCCAUGUUCAUGGACGCCAGACUCAACUACACCCCAGACGAACCUUUCCCCCUGAGGCCGUAGUCCAUUCACACACCCCAGCACAGCCACUCUGGUGCUCACAAGGGAUUACAAGAACUACACUUCCCAUAAUUCCAUAGCUGAGUACCAACUUCUUUGAUAUGACGAGGACCAGAGGUUUCCCCAGGUAAAACUCAGUGUUCUAUGUAUAGUGUAUUGUUAGGGAUGACACAGUACCAUAUACUUUGAUAUGAAUAGUCCCCUUCUCUAAUCCUACUCCUUUAUGAAAGCAAUAUAAUCUAAUAUAGACCGUUUAUAGAUUAGCAUCUAUUUAAAUAGGAAAAAUAUAUUAUUUAUAUACAGUACCAGGUGGACA